CUGCUGGUUCAGUAGAGGCGAGCUGCUCCUUAUAAAUGUGACAGCUCGAGUAAUAUCGUUUCCAUCUGCUUCAAAAAGUGAAGGAAUAUUUGCAGCAACAACAUUUAAAACAACCUUUUUUUGAGCUCGCGGGAGACACAAGGGCAGGAGACACCUGGCUUGUGCGUAAGAUGGACACUCCUGCGAUUUUUUAAGGGGGUUGUUGUAACCUGCUGAUUCAAGUUUUUCCAGUGGAUAUAUACAUACACAGGUUAUAAAUCCAAACAUCAGCACGAUCAGACACAUUUUCUGGGGGUCGUUUAAACUUUCGGCUCCUCCUGUUGCAGCUCAGGUCCCUCCCACCAGUCCAAGAUGACAGAGAGGCCCCCCUGGUGGAAAGCAUUCCUGCCAAAGAGAAAGAGUGGAGGACAAGAUUUCAACCCUUUUGGACAACAGUCAGAGAAUCAGAAAGAGCCCACAGCUGCAGCCUCCAAGUCUUCUGGCGACCAGAACUCAACCCAACAGGAGUCCGGCAAGGGCACCAGCCUCCUCAGCGAUGAAACCUUUGACGACUCCAAACUGGAGUCUGUCUUCAACGAGCAGACGUGUCGCAGGAAUAUGAAGGUGUCACGCUCAGGUCGAUUCAAAGAGAAGAGGAGGGUGCGCUCCACUCUCCCCAUAGAGGAGAAGGAGGCAGAGAAUGCAGUGCCAGGGAGAGAGGACAUGCGGUGACCCCGACAAGGACAGGGAGCAGAUCAAAGACUGGUUUACAUGAUGCUUGAAAAGAGUGAGUGGGACUUAAAUAAAUGAAGAUGCUUAAUUCACAUGCAGCCAGUCUACUGUACAGAAUGUUGAUAAUGAGGGUGAAGAUGAUGAUAAGCAUUCAUGGCUUAUCCCAAUUACAGAGGGAUAUUAUGAUAUGGUGCAAGAAGUGCUCAAACGAUUUGGACUUUCAUUGUUGGACUUGCGCAAAGAGGAAGGAAGUUAAGUGAGAUGGUGGUUAUUAAACAUAAAGCUACCAAUAUUUCACAACACAGCUCAAAGCAGAAAACUAAAGCAAUGAGCACCUAUGAGCCAACUCAUACUUAAAAAAAAAACUUUUUAAGAAAAGCCUUUUUUUCUCAACAUGUUUGAUACACUUAAGAAAACACUCCUUAAAAAAUGUUUACAUAAUUUCUAUACUGAGAAUAAUAUAUGUUUAGUAAUGAAGGAAAAUGCUCUUUUUUAAAAUUCUUUUACAUAAAAUGUUGAUUUUUUUUAAAGGGUUAGAAGGAAGAUUAUGAAGGUAUAAAUGAUUUUUUCUGUGUGAACUAAAAAGCAGCUUGUAGUCGCAACACUUGCCAGCAAAAAUAAAAAAUAUUUUGAUGAAGGAUUAAAUCUGGCAUAUAAAAUAAAGCCCUCACCAGAGCUACCACCACUGACAAAGAGAAGCUGACGUUUUAAAAUCCAACUGAAUGAGCAAUGCAUGAGGUACUAAGGUAGCGAUGCUUCGUUUACAAGAAAUGCUGUACUUUUGAUCACCUGUGACUACUUAUAUGAAGGUAAAAUAUGAGAAAUAAACCUGCUAUCUGCUACAUUUGAAUGUGUGACUGCUUAAUCUGUCAAUGGCUAUGGGGUGGGGGGCAGAACUAGAUAAAUAAAUGUUGAUAUCAAUGCUUCUGGCAGUUGUGGUGAUGCCUUAUGAAAAGUGCAGCAACUUAAUGAGCAUCACUACCUGGCAAAACUGUGAGACGAGCCUCUAAUGUCAU